AUGGUUACAUCAUCUAGAGUCCAUUCGACGAUUCCAACACUAAAUGAAAAAGCAAUUCUUAACGCAACCGACACAGAAAUCCCAGAAGAAGUAACGACGUUACUAAGUCUAAGUCCAAAGUUUUCACUAUAUCCUCAUAAUUUCCCGCACAACCAACUGUACCACCUUCUUGCCGAAACCGAAUCAAUUUUAAAAACCAACUUCAAGCACCAAAUUCAGGACACAACCCGAUGUAUGAUUACCAAUUGCAUAAACAAUUUCAUCCAUAAAUACGAUAACUGUCCGAGAGACCCAGAAUCCAAGUUUAUAAGAAUCGCACAAACCAAAACCAGAAAUUUCCUGAAACUAAACCCAAAUAUCUGCAUUCUAUCGGCCGACAAAGGCAACCGCACUGUUGUGAAGUUAACCGAAGAAUAUAACCGUAAAAUGAAACUCUUGCUCAACGACACAAAUACGUACAAAACUGUUAAAUCCGAUCCCACGAACAAAUUCCAAACCGCCAACAACAACAUCAUAGGACGAUUGCUCGAGCUCAAACUUAUAGACAAACAAACUGCCUACAAUCUGAAAACCUAUACCGCCACUUGCCCCCGAAUAUAUGGACAACCUAAAGCACACAAACAAAAUCUGCCUCUCCGUCCCGUGGUCCCUGGAAUGACUAGUCCGAGCUACAAUCUUUCUAAAUAUGUCUGCAAAAUAUAUCAAAUGUCCAUCCAGACCAAAUACAACGUACGUGAUAUCGUCAUAUCGCUGUUCACCAGCAUUCCCAAGGAAUUAAUUAUCCGUGAUACCAUAAACAGUUGGGGAUCGCUGAGAACUAAUACCAAUAUCAAUUUGGAUCUGUUCCUGGAAAUCGUCAACUUCUGCUUGGAUUCAAGUUACUUUAUGUUCAGAGAUCAAUAUUACUCUCAAAUAGCGGGUGCAGCCAUGGGAAAUCCUCUCUCACCGAUACUCUCCGAUCUCAUUAUGGAACCACUCAUUGACUCCGUUUUACGCAACAUUUGUUUCCCUGUUCACACAAUACGCAAAUAUGUCCAUGAUCUGUUUCUUAUAAUUCCCAAAGAUAAGAAAAACGAAAUACUGACAGCUUUUAAUUCAUAUCAUAGCGACAUUCAAUUCACCAUAGAAGAGGAACAGAACGGACGACUAGCAUAUCUGGAUAUGACACUCAUACGACAAGCUGAUAACUCAAUACGCACUGAAUAUUAUACGAAAACUAUUGCCUCCGGACGACUAUUGAACUACCGAUCCAUCCACCCACUGUCGCUAAAAAUUAAUAUAGCUUCCAAUUUCAUAUCACGAGUAAACGAUCUAUCCACCAACUUAACUGAUACCCAGAAGAGAAACAUUAUAGUUCAACAGCUUAAAUUAAAUGACUAUCCUCUCAGUUUAAUCAAUCGAUGCUGGAAUCGAAUGAAAACCGCUAAGAACAUCCAAACCACCCACAAUACACCCGCAGCAGAAAGAAUAUAUCGGUCGAUACCGUAUAUACCGAUGUUAACGCCCCAUAUAGUUAGGAUAUUGAAACAGCAGUACCCAGAAGUUUGUGUAUCAACGCGAUGUACACACACCGUGAGAAAAUUUUUCAUCCAGAUCAAAGACCCCGUUCCCGCAUUACUUAAACAUAAUGUCAUAUAUAAAAUACCCUGCAGCAACUGUGACAAAAGUUACAUUGGCAUGACCAGCAAUCUGCUUAAGAGCAGACUCUCCAACCACCAGAGCAACAUAAACAAACUCGAUCAGCUGUUGAACUCAGGACUUCCAUACACCGACCCCGCAAUACGUUCUCUCAGAGAGAAAACAGCACUCAUCUCCCAUUGUAUCGACGAGCGUCAUCGGUUUAACCUUACCGAAACCAAAAUAUUGGACUUCACACACAGGAAAUCAUCUCUGAGCUUGCUAGAGAUGGUAUGGAUCUACAACGACACAUCCACAGUCAACAAACGCACCGACGUAGACGGACUAAAUGCUACAUUCGCUGGCAUCUUGCAUGCAAUAGACAAACACAGAAACAAACAGCAACAGAUAGUAAACAGCAUAAACUAG